AUGUUUCCUCUGCAGCUGCUCGCUCUGCUCUUCAUCGCCACGCCGACCCCCGACCCCGGAGAAGAGGAGGAAGAGGAGGAAGAGGAGGGACAGCGGAGGACAAACAGGAAGUGUCUCCGUCGGGGAGAUCUGCUGGAGGUUCCCAGGACGCUGUUCACACACUUUGGGAUUUACCUCGGAGGAGGCCGAGUAGCUCACUUCAUCCCAGACAUCCUGCCGGCUGUCUGCAGAGAUCAGACCAGAAUCAGACGGAUGGUGACCAACAGCCGGCUCAUACUGGGCGUCCUGGCCAAGCGUGGCAGUGUGCGGGUGGACUCAGUGGAGGACUUCGCCUACGGAUCGGAGAUCCUCAUCAAUACAAUGGACAAGGUGUGCAGCCGACCGGCGCUAGCGGCGGACGGGGUGGCCCAGCGGGCGGAGCGGCUGCAGGGCAACAUGUCCUACAGCCUGCUGUGGUACAACUGUGAACACUACGUCAUGUACUGCCGCUACGGCACGGUCGCCAGCUUCCAGACCUUCCAGUUCUGUAAGACAGCGAGGAAGCUGUUGCUGAGUCGGCGUGUUGCCAAGGCGACAGCGGCGCUAGGCGCAUGCCUUCUCCUGCUCCUCGAUGCCGUGACCGUGUGCACCGCCACGAUCGCUGUUCUGCUGCCUUUUCUCAUCUGGAUGGCCGCAUAAAAACCA